AUGAUUGUAGCCCCUGACUGGAGUGACUAUGCUACAGGUAACUUUAAGAGUAUAAAGCGGAUGAUUUUACAGCUGGAAGUAAGGCCUAAAACCAAAACGGAUAUGCCAACUGUUUCGAAAAACUUUGCCCCGAGCAAGGUAUCAGCUCUCUCCGAUGAAGACCUUUCUUCGACGACGGAAGCGUCCACGACGACUACAAGGGAAGUGCCACUGCCGUACACUGUCAUUGAAUAUGAUUCGACGGUCGCUGAAGACUAUAGCCACAUCGUGAGAGUUAUAGAUGGAAGCCAGUUGUUUUCUGCGCAAAUUGCUAACCCUGAAGGGAACUGUGGCAUCCGACGUCUGGGACAGCUACCCUUCUCGUGGGCUGACGUACACAGUUGGCAAAGAACCCACAUGUUUGGCUCCCGUUAUUGGAUCGGUCCAAUAAGCAGGGUUGGAGGUACACGUAAUACGGCCGCAGUAGAAGGAGAAGGGGGUCUAUAUCAGAUCGAUGUGACCGACUUGUUCAAUAUGAACGUCUGGAAUACUGUAGGCACCGACGCAGUCAUUGCCGUUUGGUUUAAUACCAAACAGGAUAUUGAAUUCGGAAAUUGGAAUAAUUUAGCUGGUAUCUAUUUACAGAGUGACGUUAGCAACCAGAAAGUGAUUACUAAAAGCACAAUCAAAAAUCUCAAUUCAUUAAGCUUGCAAGGAACAUACAGCGAACGAUUAAUCUUCGGAGAAUUGUAG